AUGGCUUCCGCGUUAUCCCCCCGUUUCCAACAAGUCUUUCCGCCUCCUAUGGACGAUGUGUACAUGGAUCAGAUGGAUCUGAAAACCCUCUACCGUUUCUCUUGGACUUGCAAGGAGCUAAACGACCGCGUUUUGGGCUAUAUGCGCCGCGCCUUCCGUCCCAAAAAUUUAUUUGCUCCUAUCUUCAAACCCAAUGAACAUUUGCUGUUUUGUCUUCUCCAGUUCAAGACUGGCCUGGUUAUUUCAGGUUCCACCGUUUUGCAUUUUACUUGUUUUAGUGGUCCAACGCAAAGCGUGGCAUGA